AGCAUACCGUAGCUAUGAAAGAUAGAGUAGUACGAGUUUCGCCUUGUAUUGUAUUGCCUGUCGUCGUCGCAUCGUACAAACAUAACUGGAUCCUUCGUGUUCUUCGUUCGUGCGAGAGAUCCUUUCUUUAUCAUCGGAUUCUCAAAUUUUUGGGCUGCAACGGCACCCGCACAAACCACCACACACCUCCAACGUGCCACGAACAGCUCCAAAGCAUACAGCGUACUACUGUAGCUAGCAACCAUAUGAAUAAUUGUGAUGUUUGCGUUCUCUUUCUUGACUGCUACAACUGUGGCUUUCGCAGCUUCGUCACGGCAGGGUGUAACUGUACCGGUACCGACAAGAACCACAAGAUACUCCUCCUCCUCGGAUGAUACCAUUGAAUCACUCACGGACAAGCUCCAACAAGCUUUGGAAGACAAGGCCGGCAGUCCGUUUCAAGUCCUGAAUUCCCGCCUGUCGUCCAUUUCGUUGCAUCGAACACAUGUGGGCGUGUCUCCCAUUGCGGGCCGAGGCCUGUUUGCAAGUUGCAACUGUCCCGCCGGUACUCUGUUGACGUGUUAUCCAGGAGACGGAAUUGUGGACUUUGAUGAUGAUGAUGAUGAAGAACCACAAGUAUACUGGGGGGAUCACACGAAACAAGAGGAGCAAGAUGGUGAUUGGGAUCCCGACUAUUUGCUUUCGAUGAAUAAUAAUGGUAACGACGACGAGAUGAUGGGUUUGGUGGGAUUGCCGUCGUUGGAUGGCGACUCGGCCUAUUUGGGUCAUCUUUGCAACGAUGGGACAUUUCAUAUCCCCAUGACGGUCAAGGAGAUUGUCACGCAGUACUUGAACGAGUCUCCAGAUCGAGCCAAUGCCAUGGAACAAUCGAUCUUGGACUGUCACAUGGUCUUGGUGUCCACACGGGACAUUUCCAAGGACGAGGAGAUCUUUUUGUGUUAUGGACCCGAAUAUUGGAUGCAACGACCUGGAUUUGGAGCCUCCUAGUUAGCAUACCGGUACCGUUACUGUGAGCAAGACAGUGCUCCUUGCUCCAUCUAGCUAGAGUAGCUCACAGCAACUAUAAUGGAUUUAGCUAAGUACGGUAGCUGGCUAGAGGGGCGAAUUGAGUUGCAUGAUUUAUGACGAGGAAGC